AUGUUGCCAGAGAAGCCAGUAUGGAUGUCUCAAGAAGAUUAUGACAAGCAAUAUGGGAAUAUAAAGAAGGAUGUCGUUAAAGAGGUACCAACUGCUACCCCUGCCGACACCACACAUUUGGUUCAAGCACCAGACCAUCCUGAAGAAGACGCAGAAGCUAAGCCAGCUUUCAAGAUACACAAGCGUAGACACCAUAGGUAUGAUAUUGAGGAAAAGAGGAAGAGAGUAGAAGUUCAAAAGAUGAGAGAAGAACAAUUCAAAAAGCAUGAAAUUGAGAUGACUGCUAACAGGACCAUCAAUGUGGACCAGAUUGUGAGGGAACACUACAAUGAGAGGACCAUGAUAGCGAACAGAUCCAAGAGAAAUUUAUCGCCGAUUAUUAAGCUACGUAACUUCAAUAAUGCCAUCAAAUUCAUGUUAAUUGAGAAAUAUACAAAAAAGGGCGAUGUCGUCCUAGAAUUGGCCUGUGGUAAAGGUGGUGACUUAAGGAAGUAUGGUAAUGUUGGAAUCUCACAGUUUAUUGGAAUUGAUAUUUCUAAUGCAUCCAUUCAGGAAGCUCAUAAAAGAUAUAGAUCAAUGAAGAACCUGGAUUAUCAGGUUAUUCUUAUCACAGGAGACUGUUUUGGCGAGUCCCUUGGUGUUGCUGUUGAACCAUUUCCUGAAUGUAGAUUUCCCUGUGAUGUGGUAUCUACGCAAUUCUGUCUUCACUAUGCUUUCGAAGCAGAAGAAAAGGCCAGAAGGGCCCUUUUAAAUGUGAGUAAAUCACUGAAAAUUGGUGGAUAUUUUUUUGGCACAAUACCUGAUUCUGAAUUUAUUAGGUAUAAACUGAACAAAUUUGGAACUGAUGUUGAAAAGCCGGGCUGGGAGAAUUCUAUCUACAGGGUAAAAUUUGAAAAUAAUGAAUAUCAAAAAAAUGGCUACGAAUUUCCUUCACCCUACGGGCAGAUGUAUACAUAUUGGUUAGAAGACGCGAUCGAUAAUGUUCCUGAGUAUGUUGUUCCUUUCGAAACUUUGAGAAGUCUGGCAGAUGAAUAUGGCAUGGAGCUUGAACUACAAUUACCAUUUAAUAAAUUUUUUGUCCAAGAAAUUCCACACUGGAUCAAUAGAUUUUCUCCAAGAAUGAUGGAAGGCUUGCAAAGAUCAGAUGGAAAAUUCGGUGUCGAAGGUGAAGAAAAGGAAGCAGCAUCCUAUUUUUAUACGAUGUUUGCAUUCCGUAAAGUUCGAAACCCUGUAGAGUAG